CGGCGCGGCGGCAGCAGCAGCAGCAGCAGCAGCAGCGGGAGCCGCGGCCUCAGCGUGUGCUGCUGCAGCUUGCCGCUGCGCAUGAGGCCGCUGUGGAGCCGGUUGAGAAGUGCUAAUGUACGGGAGGCGGUCGGGUUGCCGUAUUAGGAUUGCAGCGUGGUGGUGGUUGCAGUGUGCUUCGUCAUUUUACUCAUGUCGUGGAUGGGUUUUCCUAUGUUUGUUCGGGCUUCCGGUAAGGCUGCGGACGGCUUGCAUGCGUUUACUAUGGGCAUGGUUUGUGGUUUUCUUAUGUCUUCCUUUCCUAUGUUGAUGCGUUUCAAGGUGUACUGCUCACCGCACAUGGCUUACUGUGAGGGUUUGCACUACGAGGGGCAAGGCCGUGCUGUGGCUGCAUGUGCUAGGAGAGCUUAUGACUUGGUGUCUGUGAUUGGUAAGAAUGGAUGGCUGGUACGAGGUAUUGCGAAACUGAUGUGUUUGAGAUAGGGCAGCGGGUCUACCUGGUUGCCUUCGUGUGAACAGCGUACACUGGAUUCAUCGGGCGUUGCGUGGGGUGUCCGGGUGCUCAGAGCGUGCCUUUAUACCUUUACGUACUUAUGCGCAAAUGGUUGGCCUGAAAACGGAAAGCAGACUGCUCUUGUGCUGAACAACAGUGAGCGCGCGCGCCGUCGGCGCCGGCGGGACCCAUGGGUCAGAGCAGGCCGGCGGCUGGUAUCAUAAGCGUCAAGCUGUGCUGAUGCACUGAAAUUCAUAGACAUUUGUUUUGGGGUUGUCAAUUUGCAUAAGUAUCUUUACAAUCCACUGACAAAUUAUGUCAGUUGGUCUGUUCAGUCCGCGUCAUGAGGUCACCGGGACUGGAGCCUUCCGUAUAAAUGUUCGCAUCCCCCAGUUGUCAAUCGAAUCCGUCUUCUCCUUCCUGGCCUUUCAUUCCGCAAUACAAGUAACAAAGUUAUCUUACUCACGUGAGCGAAGGGCGCAACCAUGCUGCUGCACGCUGCUCGCCGCUUUGCCGCCCUUCCGGCGGGCUGCUCCAACCUCAAGGGCUCCUCGGUCGCUAGCCGGCUGCUGCUGGCUGGCCGCGGUGUGUCUACGGGAUCCUGCUCCGCUGUGGGAUCCAACAUGCAUGACAAUGACCCGCAGGCGCUGGCACACCACAAGGAAAAGGCCCUGAAGGGCGAGUCGCCCUCAUUCGUGCCCAAUACGGAGGGCUGGACCGAGACGCUGGCGUCCUUGUCCGAGGCGGUGGUCAAGGCGGAGCUCAACGUGGACGCGGACUCCACCUCCGUGCCGGAGAAGCUGGAGGAGCUGCAGCGACACACCAUCCACGUGGUCCAGCAGCUGCACCACGAGGGCGAGGAGGGCAUGCCCGAGACGCCCAAGCGCACCCAGCACGACGUCUCCGGCUCGCCCGCGCACUCCGCCAACAUUGAGCACAUGCGCAAUGCACCAGGCAUGGACCCGCGCUGA